AUGGUGCACACAGAUAAUAUUUCAAGUAAAUUAUCUUCUUUAGUCGAUGUUAGUGCGAGUAUCGAUGAGGUGGUCGCAAAGGUGGUAGAUGUCAGAGGUGACUUUAUUAGCAAGCACGACCUUGAUGAUCGUGAAAGCAUGCUAACAUGGAUUCGUCGGAAAGCAAUUGACCUUGGAUUUGGCGUGGUAAUCGGAAGAUCAAAUAAUGAUACCGCAAGAAGAAAUCCGUUUGUUACAAUGUUGUGCGAGAGAAGCGGGAAAUAUAAUCCUCCUCUAAAGAAGUUUAGAAAAGACGACACAGGAAAUAGAGAAAGAACAACAGGACUAAAAGAUGUGUCAACGGAAGUGGUUGAUGAAACAGGUGAGACUACUAUUGAUGAUAUUAGUGCUGAGGAUGGAGAAUCCAUUGAAAAUAUUAUAAAUAUUGAUAGUAUGGAGGAUAUUCUUAGUAUGGACUUGAAAAGACUAAGUCCCCAUGAGACAAGAAAAAUUCAAUUUUCAAGUCUGGACAUGGCUUAUGCGUUCUACAACCAGUAUGCUAAAAUGAACGGGUUUGCAGUUUGCAAGAGCAAUAUCCUUCGAAGCAAGAAAGGAGAAACAUUAGAGCGGAUAUUUGUUUGUCACAGACAAGGGUUUAGGGAGGAUAGAGUUUUUAACGAUUGGCACAACCAUGAUCUUUUACAUGAAGAGUACCAUGGAAUGCUAGCUUCACAUCGAAAAAUGGAAGAUUCAGAUAUAAUGCAGAUGAACGACAUGUUGAAGGUUGGUAUAAGACCGUCUCAAUUCUAUGGUUCGUGUGCCAACCAAUCAGGAGGGUAUGAAAAAAUAGGGUUUCGUAGGAAAGAUAUAUAUAAUCAGAUAGGAAAGCAACGCCUUUUGCAACGAUGUGAUGGUAAAAAUGCUUUGCACUAUCUUCAUGGACUGGCAUCUGAUGACCCGAUGAUGUUUUAUCGCCACACUGUUGAUGGAGAAGGUAGGCUUGAACACCUUUUUUGGUGCGAUGGUAUAAGCCAAAUGAAUUUCAAAGUUUUUGGCAAUGUGUUGGCAUUUGAUGCAACAUAUGGGACGAACAAAUACCAUUGCCCUUUAGUGGUGUUUUCCGGAGUUAAUAACCAUAAUCAUAAUAUUAUAUUUGGUGGUGCCAUUGUUGCAAAUGAAAAAGAAGAAACAUAUGUGUGGGUUCUUGAACAAAUUUUGGAAGCAAUGUCAGGUAAGUCGCCUAUAUCUGUCAUUACUGAUGGCGAUCUUGCAAUGAAGAAAGCUAUAAAAAGGGUGUUUCCGAAUGCUUAUCAUAGGUUGUGUGCUUGGCAUCUAAUUCGCAAUGCAAUGUCUAACAUUGGAGUUCCUGAAUUUGUUGGUCAGUUUAGGAAAUGCAUGUUGGGUGACUAUGACUUGGGUGAGUUUCGGCGCAAGUGGACUGACAUGAUUGACACAUUUGGGUUGCAUGACAACAAGUGGGUUACUGAACUGUAUGCAAAGAGAAAUAUGUGGGCUACAGCGCAUAUACAUGGAGGUUAA